AUGAAGAGGAAGAAGAUGAAGAUGAAACUGAUGAUCUUAAUGAUGGUGACGCUGCUGCUGCUGCUGCAGUGCAAUGAUCAGCCGGAGCUCGCUGACCGCGUUUCGGUUGUGCCUGUCCUUUCCAUCUGCGAUGCACUCGAGCACGCUGCCACAAGCUUACCGCAUAAACAUGCAAAAAAAACCCUGCGUCUAGACCGCAAGACGCCGCUGCCCUGCUGCGCUGCUGCACUGCUGCCCCCUGCCCUCCUCCGCCGUCGUUCCGCUUCGCUGAUUCUAGCUCGCUCCGGCUCAUCUUUGCUUGGCGUCGACCAUCGUCUUGUCAUCUCGCCAUCAUCUACAGCAGCACAAGCAGCAUGCGCUCCGGCUCGUGCCGCCUUACACCUCGCUCACCGUCCUCUGCUAGCUUCCUUUCCUGCGCCGGUUGUUCGGAUCUCGGCGCGCGACGGUCUCGACCCUCUCACCGCCUCGGUCUCGCUCGAAUCUAGGCGCUUUAGACCGUAUAUGCGCGAAUCCUGCUACCGCAUCGCUCGUCGCUCGUCUGGACCCUACCAAAUCUCGGAAGUGUCUCUCGCUUGGUCGUUUGCAAGCAACGAUACGUCGUUAUCUACUCCCGCCUGCCUCCUCCGUGCAUUUCCGUACAGCACAUCUUCCCUCCUCGUCAUCUCCUCGGUCACCAAGCGUUCCUAA